AUGGCCGGGACCGGGAGGAACAUCGGCGUGGCGGUGGACUUCUCGUCGUGCAGCAAGAACGCGCUGCGGUGGGUGGCGGCGAACCUGGCGGCCCCCGGCGACCGGCUGAUCCUGAUCCACGUCAAGACCUCGUACCAGUACGAGCAAGGGGUGGCGCACCUCUGGGAGCACGAUGGAUCACCGUUGAUCCCUCUGGUGGAGCUGUCGGACCCCCGGGUGGGCAACAUCUAUGGCGUGGCGCCGGACCGGGAGACGCUGGAGGUCCUCGCGCGGGCCGCCGCCCAGAGAGGUGUCCACGUCUUCGCCAAGGUGCUGUGGGGCGACCCCGCCAGGAAGCUCACGGAGGCCGUCCACAAGGUGCCCCUGCAGUGGCUGGUCGUCGGCAACAGAGGCCUCAGCACGGUUAAGAGGGUUCUCAUGGGAAGCGUCAGCACCUACGUGGUCAACCACGCGGCCUGCCCCGUCACCGUCGUCCGGGAGAACAUGCUGCCUUCAGCACUCACCACCACCUACUAA